AUGCUGUCCACUUUCCUCGCAAUAGGCCUGGCGCCAUUGCUCAUCAGUGCACAGCUCUCUGGCUCUGUGGGCCCUACAACUUCCUACGCUACCAAGGCCGACAACAAAAUCUGCAGUGUCCUCGACUACGGUGGUGUAGCCGACAACUCGACCGAUAUUGGACCGGCGAUUAGUUCGGCUUGGGACGAGUGCAAGGAUGGUGGCGUUGUCUAUAUCCCGCCCGGUGACUAUGCUCUUGAGACAUGGGUCGAUUUGACCGGAGGUAGCAGCUGCGCGAUCAAUAUUGAUGGAAUACUCUACCGGACUGGGACCGACGGGGGAAACAUGAUUUACAUCGAGCAUACUACCGAUUUUGAGUUAUUGAGCUCCACCUCAAAGGGUGCUGUACAGGGUUUCGGAUAUGUAUUCCAUGCGGAUGGCGACAUCACCGGUGCUCGCAUCUUGCGUCUUUACGACGUUUCCGACUUUUCGGUUCACGAUCUUGCCCUCGUUGACUCGCCUUCAUUCCAUUUCUCCCUUGACACUUGUGAAAAUGGCGAGGUUUACAAUAUGAUCAUUCGUGGUGGAAAUGAGGGUGGACUAGAUGGUAUUGAUGUCUGGUCUACUAACAUGUGGAUUCAUGAUGUCGAGGUUACCAACAAGGAUGAAUGUGUCACUGUCAAGUCCCCGGCCCAGAAUAUCUUGGUGGAGAGCAUCUACUGCAACUGGAGUGGUGGCUGUGCCAUGGGCUCCUUGGGUACAGACACCAACAUCUCUGAUAUCACAUAUCGCAAUAUCUAUACCUGGUCUUCAAACCAGAUGUAUAUGAUCAAGAGCAACGGCGGUAGUGGAUCAGUCUCUAAUUUGAUCCUUGAAAACUUCAUCGGCCACGGCAACGCCUACUCCCUUGACAUUGAUCAGGCCUGGAGCAGCAUGAGCACCGUAGACGGCGACGGCGUCCAACUCAGCAACAUCACAAUCAGCAACUGGAAGGGCACGGAGUUAGAUGGUACCCAGCGUGGUCCUAUCGUGGUGAAAUGCGCCGACACGGCACCCUGCACCGACAUCACAAUUGAGGACUUUUCCAUGUGGACCGAGGAAGGCAAUUCUCAGUGGUAUUCGUGUCAGAAUGCGUAUGGUGACGGGGCUUGCUUGGAAAGUGGAGAUGACUAUACCUCUUACACUACAACUAUGACGGUGACUGCGACUCCGACUCCAUCGCGAUCCGCCGCCAAUCUCUCGCGAUCAAGUGCUAGUAUUUCGCGAUCAUUCACUAGUCUCUCCCGAUCCUCUCCUACUCCCGGAGGAUACUGUGGUUCUCCCUCAAGUCACUCUUCUUCUGCCUCGAGAUACUCCGCUUCUCCUGCACGAUCCUCGGCUACUCCCUCCUCGGCAUCUUCGGCCACUACCAUGGCAUCAGAUUUGACUGCUGCAUUUGGCACCAACUCAUCUAUUCCAAUUCCUACCAUCCCUACUUCGUUCUACCCUGGUCUGACCCCUUACAGCGCUUUGGCUAGUGCUUCGGCUUCCUCGGUAUACCCAGUUCGGGCUUGA